GUAUUGACUGCUUCUUGUUUGAAAAGAGUGGGAUUUGUUGAUUAUUUGUGAUUGUGAAUUUUAUGAUGGCUUUAUACAAAAUGUUUUAAUAAAAAUAUAUUAAUGAUAUUAUCGUUCAGACCACUUAAAACAAUGGACAGCUGUAUUAAUAAAAAUGUAGGAUGUACUAUUUUAAAAUUUGAAAAGGCAAAGAAAAUCAUCAGAAAAUUUUAACCCCAAAAUGUAAACAAAACAGAAGGUAAAUCCAAAAACAUCCCCAUAAAUAAUCCUGAUCAGUAGAAAAAUAUUUUAAUAAAAUUAAUUAAAAGUGCUGCUUAGGCCGUUCAAACUAGUAUUUAAUGGAAAGGAAUGGAUAAUUGUAUUGAGGAGAUUGAUAUUCCUAGUAGUAGCUGCAAUUCUGAAGAGAGUGGAAGAGGAUGUAGAACUAAAAAGAAGCAAAACGACCCCUCAUGCUGUCCAGUUUGUAGUGUAACUUUAAGACAGACAGAAAUAGAUUCUCAUCUCAACUCAGAAAUUGAGAAACUGAACAAGCUGCCAUCAUCAAAACACAAGAUUAAAAACAACCCAUCUAGUUCAACUAACGGUUCAUCUUCAAGUGACAAUAAUACGGAUAAAAACUGGGAAACCUUUCAAAAAGUUCGACUAAACAGGCAGAGCAGACAAAAGACUAAAACUAGAAAACGACGAGCUGAAGAAAUUUGUCCAAUCUGUAACAAAGAAGUAACCGAAGACAUAACCCUACACGUGGAGUUGUGUUUGCGAAGAUCUGAAUCAAAUGGUAGUGAAAGCGACGAAAAUAUUGAUGUAGAAGCUUAUGAAGAAUAUGAAUGGGCAGGUCAGUCUCGUGUAAGAGCGACGAGUUUGCUGCAAGGAGGUAUUUCUAGCCUUGGUACAACUAUCAGCAUGGCAGAUGACGAUGAGGACUUAAAUGUUGACGGUGAUGAUACUCAGAUGUAUGGUUCGCCACAAUAUUCAGAAACUGAUGUGAUACUUCCUUGUGGUGACCCUGAAAAUGUGGCACUUCGAAAAGCUGUUACUGGUACUGACCCAAAACGUUUGUGCUCUGACAAGAGUCGUUUAAGUGAUUUAGAGUCGGUAGAAACUAAAGGAGAUCCUAUAUUAGAGGUUCUGAAAAAUAGAAUAAAAGAACUGGAAAGUAGGGAGCAAAAUAGAGAAGAGGUGUAUAAGUGUUUAAUUUGUAUGGAACGAUAUCGUACUCCGGUUAUAUCUGUUUGUUGUUGGCACGUUCAUUGUGAGGAAUGUUGGUUGCAGACUUUGGGUGCCAAGAAAUUGUGUCCGCAGUGUAAUAUGAUUACUUCACCUGCUGAUCUUAGACGAAUUUACAUGUGAAAAAGAUUAAUAUAUUUUUUAAAUUAAGUUGAAUAGGUACUAUUUAUUUUUUAAAACAUUAUGAAGUCCAUUGUUAUUUUUUUU